UUAAUACAGAUAUUUAGAGGUAUUUGUGUUUGGUAAGAAAAAGGGGAAAAAUUAAAGAUUGGAAGGAAAUAUCUGUUUGAGAAGACAGGAAAAGGAAAUUUGAGAAUUGAUUGGUGCUAGUGUGCUGUAAGUGGGUGGAUAUUUUUUUUUUUUUUUUGCUACAGGAAGUGAUUUGCAGUGUUCACUGAGCCUUUUGUUGAAAAGGGUCCUUCUCAUUUGUGUGAGUCAUGCUUUUGCUGUGAGCGACUUGGCAGCUCUAAGCAGGACUGGGAUCUCUGUCAUAGAAAACUAUUACUUCACCCAACCUUAACGUGGAACCAUAAAUUUAUUUAAAAAAUUUUUUGCACUUCCUUAUACUCUUUAUUCUUUUUAAGCCAAAAUUUACUCUCUGUCCUCAUUAUUAUGAAUCGCCUGCUAUGUUAGCACAGGCAUCUCCUGCAUUGGCAUCAGAUUUGCCAGAACAUAUGCAGGAAACCAGAUAGAAGGGCAUGCUUCAGCGUACCAAGUAUAACCGCUUCAGGAAUGAUUCAGUGACAUCAGUUGAUGAUCUUAUUCACAAUUUGUCCAUGAACAGCAAAGUCUCAGCAGUUGCUACGACCUCAACAGCACCUUCAUACCUGGUCUCGCCUGAAGUUCUCCGCAAAGACCAAGAAGAUGGACCCACCACCUUUUGUACCCUCAUCCAUAAGGUGUCCCACUUGAAACUCUCCAACACAGGCAGCCUUUUGGGUAUCAAAAAUCUCUCCUCUGCAGUGAAGGAGCUUGCUGUCUCCAAAUUGCAGGGAAGCUCGAGUGCUUCUAGCUCAGCAGCAGGGGCUUCAGAAAACACAUGUAACCUUGUCUCUGCCACUCCGUGUUCUCAGCAGGACAUGAGCAAGAUGAGUACAGGAAAAAAAACACGGUCAGAGGAAAUGCACCUGGGAGGUGAAGACUGGAAUCAAAGUAGCAGCUUUGUCAAUAAACCCUCCCGAGGGUGGCUGCACUCAAAUGAGAAGAUCCUGGGACCUGGUGUGACGUACAUUGUGAAGUACUUGGGUUGUAUAGAGGUCUUACGCUCAAUGAGAUCUCUUGACUUCAAUACAAGAACACAGAUUACAAGGGAAGCAAUCAGCCGUGUUUGUGAAGCAGUACCUGGAGCCAAAGCAGCCUUCAAAAAAAGAAAGCCACCAAGCAAAGUUCUCUCUAGCGUCUUGGGAAAGAGCAAUCUUCAGUUUGCAGGAAUGAACAUAACUCUGAAUAUAUCCACCACCAGCUUAAAUCUAAUGACUCCUGAUUCAAAACAGAUCAUAGCAAAUCAUCAUAUGCAGUCUAUUUCCUUUGCCUCUGGAGGUGAUCCGGAUACAACAGACUAUGUUGCAUAUGUAGCUAAGGACCCUGUUAAUCGCAGAGCGUGCCAUAUACUGGAAUGCUGUGAUGACCUGGCCCAGGAUAUUAUCAGCACCAUAGGGCAAGCAUUUGAACUUCGAUUUAAGCAAUAUUUACGGUGUCCCUCUAAGAUACCUGCUCUCCAUGAUAGGAUGCAGAGUUUUGAUGAACCUUGGAUGGAGGAAAAUGGAGAGCCAGCAGAACAUCCCUAUUACAACAGCAUUCCUAAUAAAAUGCCUCCUACUGGUGGCUUUAUUGAUGCUAGAUUCAAAACUAGGAUCCCAAAUGCCGCAGAUACUGCUCAGUCUGCAGCAGCAGCAGGAAGAGAACAAACAUACUACCAGAGUCGACACUUCGGAGACAAAUUCAGUGAAGACUGGCAGCAUGCUCCUGUUAAACAAGGGUCCUUGGACAUUUACAGCGUGCCAGAAGGGAAGCCUCAGGUAACCCCAACAGGAGAGGUGCCAGCUUAUGUGAACACCCAACAUAUAAACAUGGAAGCUCUACUUGCACUUCAGGCAGAUGCUGAAAGUGCAUUCAGUGGAACAAAAGAGUGUACCAAAGACAGCAGUCCAAGAAAAGAUCUGUUUGAUAUGAAACCUUUUGAAGAUGCUCUCAAGAACCAGGCCACUGGGCCUGCGCUGAAUAAGGCUCCCUCGGUCGAGUGUACCAGUCCUCCAUUACCCAGAGCAGCUAACUGCACUAUAAUGAACGAGCUGAAUACAGAGCCUUGGUAUCAAGGAGAGAUGAGUAGGAAAGAGGCAGAACAGCUGUUAAAGAAAUGUGGAGACUUCCUGGUCAGGAAAAGCACCACAAAUCCAGGCUCCUAUGUGCUGACUGGUAUGCACAAUAGACAAGCCAAACAUCUUCUUUUAGUGGAUCCGGAAGGAACUGUUCGUACAAAGGAUCGUGUAUUUGACAGCAUAAGCCAUCUCAUCAACCAUCAUCUUGAGAACAAUUUGCCAAUAGUUUCCGCUGGAAGUGAACUCUGCCUCCAGCAGCCAGUUGAGAGGAAACAGUGACCCAUGGUGACAUGUUCAGCAUUUGUAAGCUAUAACCACUGCAGUGGACACUGCAAACCUGGAAACAUGUACAUUAAAAAAUACACACAUAUAUCUAUCUAUCACCAAUAUGUUUUCUUGAGCUUUAAAAAGCCCCAUCCCGUACAGUACCACUUGACAUUUCUUACUGCUCUAUGCAGACAUGAAGUAUGAUUAAAAACAGAUAGAUUUCUUAAAAUGUAAUUUCAAUAAAAUUAUUCUGAAUCUUUAAUGUGAAUAUUGACAGUGUACAUACACACAUUAUACAUAAAUAUAGUAAUAUAUUUAUAUUUUUUAAGUCUGUCUGUUGAAGGUAUGGAACUAAUGUUCUGUGCCAUGUGUUUUUAACUGAAAAAGAUGCCCAUUGUGAUUGUUCAGAUAAAAAUAGAAGUCAACAGUCUCAUUUCCUUGAGAAUACAAUAUUAGAAGUCUUAUUUGUAAUUUUAUCUAAUAAGCACAAUUAUGGUGAGAACACAGGCGGAUUACAUUGGUUAAAUACCAGUCGAGGGGAUUAAAUUCAGUAGCUCGUAUUCUAACAUGGAAAUUUAGCUUGAAACAAUUUUUAAAAGCAUUAUUCAGUGUCACUGAGUUCAAAAGCAUUUUCUCUUUUUGAUGUCCAGUUUGAAUUCUUAUAUGAUGCUACUCAAGAUAUGUGUAACUUGCUUUGACAAUGACUUGGUGUGAUCUCUCUGUGUACAAGGUGUAUGCAUUUGAUUUUUCUAACAAUAAUAUAAUUGAACUAAUAUUCUGCAGCUUUGAUUUAUUAAAUUCAAUACUAAGAUUAUUUACAAAUAGUUCACUUCUUGUGCUAAAGAAUUAAUUGUUUUUGACUGCCAGUCACCAAUGAGAUGUCAUACAUUGAUUAAGAGGGUUCAAACUGCUUGUUUUUUAAAUAUAUUUGGAGCAAGAUGCUUGUGGUUGGUCAAAAAGACACACAAAAAAGUUUUUUUUUCUCAUAGAACAAUGACAAAAAUGAAUACCUAGAAUGUUAGUCCAUUUAAAUGAUCUAACUUUGAUUCACUUAGUUUUUAUGUGCCUCUCCCUAAAGUACAGCUUCAAGUUAACCUUCAGCAAGUGAUUGUUUUUAUAAAUGUAUUGGUUGUCUCUAAUUAGCAG